UGUCAAAGUGACAAUGGGUUUUGAAGUUAUAUCUUUUGCUGUGGCUACAGCUUUUUGGGCAAUAAUAGGAAUCAUCGCCCCUUUAUGUGUUCCAAGAGGUAGAAAUAGAUCGAUAAUCCGUCUCUGCUUGAUCCUCACUGCGAUAUGUUGCUGGUUAUUCUGGUUUUGUGCAUUCGUGGUGCAAAUGAAUCCUCUUCUGGGUCCCAAAAUAGAAAAGGAUCACUACCUUAUCAUGGCCAGAAAUUGGGGAUCUUUUACUCCGGAAUGAUCAAAGCAUCUGUUGAAUUCUACAACAAAUCCAAGCUCAGUGUAAGGGAGCCGGAACCUUUUAAUUAUAAGUGCCACCAUUCAAAAAAGAAGUUUUAUGAAUAAAAAAAUUU